AUGAUAGGUUUGGGCAGGGUAAGACAGAAUAGGGUACUGUAAUGUAAGGUAUAGCUGGACAGAGCAUAAAAGCGUACACAGUAAUGUAGGGUAGGGUAGGAUUAGGUUGACAAUAGGGUAGAGUAAUCUAGGGUGGGGUGAGCUUAAAAUUGAUAUGUCUUUAAUUAUAAGCCUAAAAUGAAAAUAUAAACCUAAAACAGGUUUUAUUUUUUUUAAAUUUUUGAGUUUAAUGUAAUGUGUUUUUACACUCAAUAACACCGUGUAAGCCUAUAGUUAUAUCGUAAAUAUAAAAAAUGAUUUCAGAGUUUAAAAUACUGCGAUUACCUACACGGCAGAUGGCAUUUCCAAGAGAUUCGAGCCAUUUUCCUACGUCGAUACAAGCUACGAUAUGUCGCUUUGGAACUGUUUUUGUCAUCAAGAAGUGAGUUUUUCAAUUUACACCCUUAUAUUUACGUUACCUUUACCCUUACUCCUAAUUAGACCCCUACUUCGACUCUUACCUCCGCUCCUCCUUAUAUCCUUACCCCUAGGUCUACCUCUAUCUUUACCUUUAUUCCCACCUCUACCCAUACUCAUACCCCAACCUGUUCUACCUUAUACUGUAUUCAUACUGUAACCUCUUUUUUCAGCCGCAGUAAUGUUCGCCUUCCCCUCCCAAGAUCUGGUGAAAGCCGUGGUAGAGCAUUUGCCACGAGUAGGCGUCGGAGUCAAGUAUGGUCUACCCCAAAGUCGAAAAACCUCCCUCAUGUUGCCACGCCAACUCUUCAAACAUUCGGAUAUGCCACAGAAGUGGCAGCGACGUGAAAUCUCCAACUUUGACUACCUAAUGUUCUUGAAUACGAUUGCGGGAAGAAGUUACAACGACUUAAAUCAAUACCCGAUCUUCCCGUGGGUCUUGGCCAAUUAUGACAGUGAGACAUUGGACUUGAGCGAGGCUUCCAACUUUAGGGAUUUGUCAAAGGUAGGCGUGUGAAUAUCAAACUUUAGUCUUAAAGGCUUAUCUGUAUCAAAGGUUAGGCUUAAAAAGCUUAUGAAAACCAAAGUUCAGGCUUAAAAAGCUUGUGAAUAUACAACUUUAGGCUUAAAUUUUUUUUUGAUUUUAGGUAAUAAAUGUUGGUUUAUAGUCUAAAAUUAUGUUUCAAAGUUUAAAAAUUGACGUUAAGGUGAAAAAAUGAAAAUUUAGGCUUAAAGGGCUUAUGAAUAUACAACUUUAGGCUUAAAAAUUAUUUUUUUUGAAAAUGGAUUUUAGGUAAUAAAAAUUGGUUUUUAGCCUAGAAAUCAGGUUUAGGUUUUAGAGUUAAAAAAUAGAUGUUGGGAUGAAAAGUUAUAAUUUAGGCUUAAAACAUAAGCUUUAGGCUUGAAGAUUAAUUUUAGGUAACAAUUUUUUUUAAAUGAUAAAUGAUAUCUUACUGUACAUAUGAGUUAUUUUACUCUAUUUCACCCACUUUUACCCCGCCUAAUGAGCUAUUCCAUGCUUUGUCUAACCUUUCUUUAUAUUACCCUACCGUAAUGUGCUAUAGCUUACUCUACCUAGAUUUACUCUUCUCUAUCUUACCCUACCUCUUCUCUACAUUGCCAUGAUUCGCCUUAUUCUAAUUUACUUUACUCUACCUUACUUUACUCUAACUUACCUUACCCUAAUCUACGCUACUCUAUCUUACCCUACUCUACCUUAUCCUACCUUACUCUACCCUGCUGUAUCUUACCCUACCCCACUGUGUUUUAUUGAAUACUACCAUAGCCUGGUCUGCUCUAAUCUACUCUACCCAGUCCUACUCUACCCUACUUUUACUCUAUUCUACUUUACUCUACCCCUACUUUAAUCAAUGAUUUCAGCCAAUCGGAGCCCUAUCAGAGAGUCGUCGCAAACACUUCCAAGAGCGUUUCAACAACUGGGACGAUGAAUCAGUGCCAGCGUUUCACUACGGCACCCACUACUCGACUCAGUCUUUCACACUGAACUGGCUCUUCCGCCUAGAACCGUUCACAACCUACUUCCUGAACCUCCAAAGUGGCAAAUUCGACCAAUCCGACCGCCUCUUUCACUCGAUCGCCGAAGCCUGGAAUCAAUGCCAAAAGGACUCGCACAAUGUGAAGGAACUGAUCCCGGAACUGUUUUACCUGCCGGAAAUGUUCUACAAUCAAAACGGAUACGAUUUGGGUGGGUUUGGAUGACGAAGUGAUGUCUUUGGUGUGUGUCAUGAUGACGGAUUUUUUAUGUCGUCAUGACACAUUUUUUUGGAAAAUCUAGAAUUUUUUUUUGCGGAUUUUUUUGAUUGUAAAAUACGAUUAGUCACUAUUUUUCAAAAAUAUUUAAAAAGGUGUUUUAUAAUAUGUCAUGAUGACGAAUUUUUUAUGUCAUCGUAACACAUUUUUUUGGAAGUUUUAGAUUUUUUGUGGAUUUUAUGUAAACUAUGGUCAGUAUUGAUUUUUUGAAAAUAUUUAAAAAAGUGUUUUAAAAUAUGGCAUGAUGACGGAUUUUUUAUGUCGUCAUGACAUAUUUUUUGGAAAUUGUAAAAUUUUUUGUGUAGUUUAUGUAAAAUACGUCCUCUUUCGUUUUUCGCUUUUUGGAAUAUUUAAAAAGGUGUUUUAAAAUAUGUCAUGGUGACGGAUUUUUUAUUUCAUCGUGACACAUUUUUUGGAAAUUUUUUUUACUUUUUUAAUGAUAUAAAUGACGUUUCUAUUAAAAUGAAUGUAAAUAUGUGGGUUUUAAAAUAAGUCACGAUGACAGUUUUUUAUCAUCUGUAUGUAAAUGGUGUCAUUUUAGGCCAAAGGUCCGAUGGCCAAUCAGUGAGCGACGUGAUACUGCCAAAAUGGGCCAAAUCGGCCGAACACUUCAUCACCGUCCACAGACAAUGCCUCGAGUCCGACCUGGUCUCAUGCCAACUAAACCAAUGGAUCGACCUCAUUUUCGGCUACAAACAACGCGGCCCCGAGGCAGUCCGCGCCACCAACGUAUUCUACUAUCUAACGUACGAAGGCGCGGUGAAUCUGGACGCAAUCGAGAACUCGGAUACCCGGAAGGCGUUGGAAGAGCAAAUCCUACAUUUCGGCCAAACUCCAGUCCAGUUAAUGACCGACCCACACCCGCCAAGACACUCAGUCAUGACCAUCAGCCCAUUGAUGUUCCAACCAACUCGAGACGACCUUUGUAUGCUCAUGAAGUUCAUCUCGAACAGUGCCGUCGUUCAUCUGAGUGCGAACACCUUCCCUCAGCUGGUGAACCCGACUGUCAUUUCGGUGGCUCAGAACCUGGUUUUUGCUCUAAAUAAGUGGAAUCCCGUUAGUAGCCGUAAGUUUUAUCAUAUAUUAGGUGCCGACAUAAAGAACCCGCCAUUUUUUACAGGAAAUUACAGGAAAAUUAUAAUGGCGGGUUCUUUAUGUCGGCACAUAAUAAUUAGCUGUAGCUUGUUCAAAUAAUUCUGUGCUCCAUUUCAAGACAAAUUUUCAGGGUGAGGGGGCACAGGAUUAUUUAAACAGCCUAAUUGAAGCCAUAUGCAAAGGCACAAUAAAGCUUAGGUCGGUAGUUGUAGUAUUAGAUUGCUCAAAUAAGUAUGAGCCCCCUCUCAAGCCAAAUUGUCUGGUUUAGGGGCACAGAAUUAUUUGAACAACGUAAUAGAAGUGUUAGGAAUAUGCAUGAUGAAGCUCUGUGGCUAUAAGAAGCAGGUCUUGAAAUAGACACGAUAAAAGUUUUUAUUUUUUGGGCGGGGUAAUUUUUUUGGAUGCAGGGUGGGGGGAGUUAAAAAAAAUUUUUUUUUGAUUUUUUGAAAAAGACCCAAAAAUGAGUUUUUAAGUUAUUUUGAAAGUUUUUUCUUGUGGUAGUUGAGCGGAAGAUUUUCAGUGUAAUUUUCACUGAAAAUCUUCCACAGAACUUCCACUUUUAAAAGUGUCAAAAACGCGUUUUUUGACCAUUUUAAGACUUCUUUAGAAAUGGAAGUUGAGUGAAAGAUUUUCAGUGCAAAUUACACUGAAAAUCUUCCACAUAACUUCCACUUUUAAAAUUGAUUUUUUAAAACAUACUUUUCAGAACAAGCAGGCAACACCCCGCGAAUCGGUCAAUCUCUACCAGGCGAUAAACUAGGCCAAGACGGCCAAUCCACCACGAAUGAACUCCCUCUAACAGUCGACCCCCUGCUAGCCGUGGGCAACCCAUCCCACCCUCCGCCGAAACGCCACCUUGGCGAAGCCUUUGACCAACGUCUUCAAGUCACAACUAAUAACUUUGUCACUUCAGUCGAUUCAAAGUCUAUCAUCGCUUGUGGUUACCCAGACUACAGCUUCAGGGUCAUUGACGCCGAAUCCGCCACGGUAAAGCAGGUGGUGUAUGGGCAUGGAGACGUGGUAACAUGCUUGGCCAGAUCCGAAUCAGCAUUGUUCGCUGACUUUUAUGUGGCUUCGGGAUCGUACGAUUGUACCGUGGUGUUAUGGCACUUUAAUCAACAUACACAACAAAUUGCUGGAGAGUAUAAUCAGCCGGGUAAGAGGAGGAAGAGAAGAAGUGAACAGGGGGGACCAAGCUCAACUUUUUGUAAAGCAAUUCCACAGGGCUCAAUAUUUUUUGAAAAGCUCAAUAUUUUUUGAAAAAUUUUUUUAAUGAAAAUGUGGUUUGAAAGAGAAACAGUUAUAUAAGAUAGCAUAGGGUAGUAUAGUUAUAACAUUUUUAAGGCAUGGGUCAUCAAAAUUGAGUUAACAAAUUUUUGCAAAAAAAUGCACAGGGGGGACCAAGUUCAAUUUUUCGAAAAUUUUGAAAAAAAAAUUUUUUUGCGUAAAAUCACAUUUUAAAUGAUACUAUUGUAAAAGGUAGUAUGAGUCUUUACAUGCUUGUCAUGGACGCGGUAAAAUAAUUUUUUUAAUUUUUUAAUUUUUUGAAAAAAAAAUCCACAGGAGAACAGGCUCUAAUUUUUUAGAAAAAAAUUUUUUUUUGAUCAAAGUGACAUUUUUAGACAGAUAUUGGCGUAAAAUAGUACCAGACGGAUCAUAAGAAAUUGUUUUUGAAAGAGCUUUAAAAAUUUUGAAAUUAAAAAUUAUCGAAAAAAAUCCACAGGGGGGACCGAGCUCAACUUUUUGAAAAAAAAUCCACAGGGCACCAGGCUCUAAUUUUUUAGAAAAAAAAUUUUUGGAUCAAAGUGACAUUUUUAGACAGAUAUUGGCGUAACGUAGUAUUAGAUGCAUCAUAACUGACUGUUUUUGCAAUAACUUAAAAAUUUUUGAAUUUAAAAAUUUUUGAAAAAAUCCAUAGGGGGGGGGGACCAAGUUCAAUAUUUUCAAAAAAAAUAAAUUUUGCUUUUUUCCAGGCGAAUCCCCCGCCCCUCGUGCCAUCCUAACCGGCCACGACUCGGAAAUCACCGCCAUUGCCGUAUCGGCCGAACACGGCCUCGUCGUAUCAGGCGCCGCCGAUGGCACAGUACUAAUGCACACGACGAACGGCGAUCUACUACGCUCAUUAGUAUGUCACGAACUCAACCCCAACCACAAAGGACCAAUGCCCGGCGUUUCGAACAUUCUACUGAGUAGAGACGGUUUCGUAUCAGUAAUUUAUGGCCAAGAAUACAUUGCUACCUAUACGACUACUGGUAAUCAGUUGAAUCGACCGGCACACAAAAGCACCGACCAAAUAUUGUGCGCCACGUUGAGCCGAGAUGGAGAAUACAUCAUUGUGGGCACGGAAAAUGGCAAAAUAUCGAUCGUUCGAGUGUUCCCGCUUCAAAUGUUGUACACUUUCCAGGUAUGGUUAUAUUGUAGUAGGGCUCGGUUUUUGGGCAGGAUAAUAUUAUAGUAGAGGGGGUAGGUUGUAGGAUUCUCAACUUGUUUUUAAGCUUUUUAAAUUUUUAAGGUAAAUAAAGGCAUUUCAAAUGAUAAAAAUAAAUGUUUUGCACAAUUUUAAACCCUUGAAACGGAAUGCCAAAAAUGCGGGAAAAUCAAAAUUUAAAUUUUUUAAUUGGUUUUGUGGUAGUUAAAGGUUAAUAUCAUAAAAUACGGAAAAAAUAAGAAAUUAUUCGUAUUUUAGGAGCAUUUUCCGCACUUGAAACACAAUGCCAAAAAUUGCGCGAAAAUUUAUAUUUGAAUUUUUAUCAUUUAUUUUUGAGUAAAAACAAGUAAAAAUAGAUUUUCGAUGACAAAAAGUCUUUAAAAACAAUAGUUUUUAAAACUUUCGUAUUUUAGCAAACCGACAGUGCCAUUCGUUGUGUGGCCUUAUCCAACAAUCAACGCUACAUUCUUGGCGGACUGGAAAGCGGCGCCGUGGUCGUAUUCAACGUCGACUUUAACAAAUACCACUACGAAUACAAGAAGCGAUACGGACAUUUGUGA